ACUUCAACCAAAAAACACAUUAAUAUUUCCCAAAAUGCUGAAUUUUCCUCUCUUAGCUUGCCUCCUCCUCUGCCUCCUCGGCCGCGGCGGCGCCGCCGCGGUCCCGGCGGUGAUCGUGUUCGGAGACUCCUCGGUCGACGCCGGCAACAACAACCAGAUAUCGACGGUGCUGCGGAGCAAUUUCCGCCCCUACGGCCGCGAUUUCUACGGCGGGAAACCGACGGGGAGAUUCUCGAACGGCCGCAUUCCGCCGGAUUUCAUCUCGGAGGCGUUCGGUCUCCGGCCGUUCGUGCCGGCGUACCUCGAUCCGCAGUACAACAUCUCCGAUUUCGCCGCCGGCGUCUGCUUCGCCUCCGCCGGCACCGGAUUUGACAACGCGACUUCGAAUGUGCUCAAUGUGAUUCCUCUAUGGAAAGAGGUGGAAUACUACAAGGAAUAUCAAAACAAACUCAAAGCCUACGCCGGCGAAACAAAGGCCAAUUCCAUAAUCAACGAUGCUCUCUACUUGGUAAGCUUAGGCACAAAUGACUUCCUAGAGAACUACUACACUAUCCCGAACACGAGGUCCAGAUACACGGUCGACCAGUAUCAGGACUUCCUUAUCGGGCUAGUGGAGGAGUUCAUCACGAGCAUCUACGGCCUGGGAGCCCGGAAGAUCUCGUUGACCGGGCUCCCGCCGAUGGGGUGCUUGCCGUUGGAGAGGUCCACAAACUAUGUGAAUGGGAAUGGGAAUGAGUGCAUGGAAGGGUACAAUCUUGUGGCCUUGCAUUUUAAUGAGAAGUUGAAUGGUUUGGUUGGGAAGGUGAAUGGGAAGUUGAGUGGGAUUAAGGUUGUUUUCUCUAAUCCUUAUGGGAUUUUCAUGCAAAUGAUCAAGAAGCCUUCUCAAUUUGGAUUUGAAGUAGCAUCAGUCGCAUGUUGUGCGACAGGAAUGUUCGAAAUGGGGUAUAUGUGCGACCAGCUCAAUCCCUUCACAUGUACAGAUGCAAAUAAAUAUGUGUUCUGGGAUUCUUUCCAUCCAACUCAGAAAGCCAGCCAAAUUGUGGCUACCUACUUGCUCAAGCAUAGUCUGCGUGAAUUCUUAUGAAAAAUAUAAAACUUGUUCGACCCCGAUUUCGUGUUACUAGCGCAUAUCUAACUAGGUCUUGAGUACGUUGUGGUUUUUGUGACCGAUGCCCCCAACUAGUGCUCAUAAUAUCUCGACUUAGAUAGCGAGAUAGCGUGAUUUAUGUUUGACGAUGUUCGUGUUGUAUGUCAAUAUAUAUGUUAUGUCAACUAUUAUAUCUAGUUUUCAAUA